AUGACGAAGCACAGCAAGAACAAUACCGCGUCCUCGAUAUUCUCGUACGCAGAGUACAAGAAACUCGAUUAUGGAACCAAGAAACAACGUUUAGGGAAUGAGUCCAUGCGAAGGUUCGAUGCCUGUGCACUCUGCCUUAAUCGCGCUCGGGAGCCGUUGGCCUGCUAUGAAGGACAUCUCUUCUGCAAGGAAUGCGUAUAUACAGAUCUACUCACGCAAAAGAAGGACAUAAAACGGCAGAAAGAACGCCUUGAAAACCUCAAGAAGGAAGCAGAGGCUGAGCGUCAACGAGCAAAGGAGGCCGCGAGAGAGCGUGUCCUUCUGGAGUUUGAAAAGGGACAACUUGGCUUAGCUGCUACGUCUACAACUGGCACGACUUCAGGUGUCAAUAGCGAAGGCAGAGGGACAAAGAGGAAGUUUGAUUUCGAUGUUUCCAAGGUGGAAUCUUUAGCACAAGAAGCAGAAGAGUCGGCUUUGCUACAAAUCGAAAAGGAGCAAGCUGAGGCGUUGCGGAACAAACUUCCGGAUUUCUGGUUGCCGUCACUGACGCCAACAUAUACUUCUUCUGGCCCCCCACGGUCCCUUCAAGAUGUGAAACUCCAAACCACUUGCAGGGGAGGCAACCCAUCACAUACUCUCUCAUUAAAGCAAUUGGUGCCAGUAAAGUUCUCGUACCAGACGCCCUCCGCUUCUCUCGGUUCGCCCGUCGGCAACGGCGAAUUAUCAUCUCAGAAGGAAGAACGCGACCCCAUGUGUCCAUCAUGUAAGAAGGGGUUUUCCAACAGCGUUCUCAUGUUCCUGACCAAGACUUGCUCUCACGUCACUUGUAAAACUUGCACGGAUACACUCGUUCGUCCCGCUAAGCAAUGCAUUGUCUGCGAUGCCCAGCUAAAGGACGGUGACAUAAUUGAGUUGAAGCGCGAAGGCACUGGUUUCGCUGGCGGGGGCCUCGCUGAAUCGUCCAGAGCUGGGAUUGCUUUUCAAGGCUAG